AUGACGACAUUCAACGAACGCCCGUUGCUUUUCAUGCCCAAGAGGCAAUCUCUUGGCCACUCGCCGACGCGAUCGAAGGUCAUCCCCGACGACAUACUCCUACACAUUACACCCUCCACAACCGUCGAAGCCCUCCUGUCCCCGACCGGCGCUAUCCGCGCUUGUAUGGCGCUCGCCUCCCCCUCUCAGCGCGAUUUUGCCAUGCGCACAGCUCUCGCUUCACAGAAAAUUUCCGAAUGGCUUGAAGAGAUGCGUGCCUGGACCUGGCCAGACGAAAGUGGUUCCGCUGGCUUUGAACACGGCGCGCUGCAAGUGCGUCGCAAUCUGUUCAGCUCUUCCAUAGGCUCGACAAGCUCGCAGCGAAGAGAAGAAGACGCCUACAUGGGCAGCUUACCCGAGCACGAAGUCAUCGAGUACGCUCGCCGCAUUGAAGAAAUAUAUCACGGCAUGGACCAACUCGAAGUGGAGGAUAUCAAGACACAUAUUCUGACAAGCCAUGUCAUGCCCAUUUCCCGGUCAACAACGCCUCUCUCAGAAGGUGGCCACUAUAAUGCAGCGGUGCCUUCAUACCAUAGAAUGGACGACCUCUCUGCCGUGGUGACUGCCAUUGUCAUCCAGGCCCUCCCUAACCUUGCGCGACUGGCGCGAUUCCUUCAAACGUGGACGAUGCGCAUUACAGUUCUACAACAUGUCAAUCCUGUCCUUGGCGCAAUUGAAGAUGCCGAAGAAAUCAUGGAUGACGCCUGGGAGCAGGUUUCGAUGCUUGCCCAGGAAAAGGCUCGCUUAGAGAGAGAUGGAGGCGGGGAACCUUUGGAGACUGUGCUGACCAAGGACACAUUCGGUCACAAGAAGCGCUCUAUCAUGCGCAAAGUGGCAAAGCCGGGCCGUACCCUCGACUAUAUGCUAGACUGUCUUGAGGGUCUCGACGACACGCUCCCUGACCAUUGGCUGGAGCGGAUGGAAGUGAUUGAGUCAAAUUACAGCGAGUGGGCUGCUGUUGCCGAGCGCAAGAUUAGAGAGAUCGAGUGGCUACGCAACAUCCUGGCCAACCGAAAUGAGGGUGGUGUCAGGCUGCGGGACGAGUCUGCUUACACUGACUCUGACACGACCCCGGAGGCCUCAAUGCUGUAUGUACAGGAUAAUCUCGCAAACAGGGUUGCUUCGCGUGACACUACGCCUCCGAAGCGAUCCACGCAAACUCGCUUGUCGCUAUCGGCACUUGGACUUGUUGGUGUGAUGACUCCCAACACGAUGAGUCAAGUGCUGGCCGAUUCUGAGACCCCAGCGAAGCAGAGACGCAGCGCCUCGGAUGAGCUUGCACAGGCUGCUAUGAGCCCUGUCAAGGAAGAAGUCGAAGAGGAAGAGGAACUCUGCUUGCCCGAGCUACGAAGUAGCGUCAUGACGGAUGUCAGCGACCUAGCCGAUGAUACCGUGCUUUACGGGAGCCACUUUGACGGCAUGUCGAGCGAUGGUCCUGAAAUCUCUGCGUCACCAACCGCUUUCAAAGGUCCUAUUCGCAGGGUUGAGUAUUUCGACGACAGCCCGCCUAGUUCGCCGCCGCUGUCGCCACCUAUGCCAGACCAGCACCAGAUGCGAGACUCCGUCAUUGCUCUCGGUGACAGCCCCCUGGUAAACUCUGGCUUACCCGAGUUCGACGAUGUCAUGGGCAUGAAGAGCCCGCUCGACAGCUCCUUCAUGGAUGACUAUGAGGACUCUUACUCGCUUCCCGAUAUCGCGCCCCCGACUUCUGCGGUCCGAAGAGAUAGCGUUGGCGACCAGAAGCUGCGCAGGCAGAUAAGCCAGAUUAUCGAGGGCAUCCCCGCUAAGAUUCGCCUCCAGUCCGACACGCCAAAUGUCAAUCUCAAUCCACCGGACCUGCAGCUGCCAUAUCUUAAGAAGAAGCCAUCCAAGGAUCGCUUCCGCCGUAGCGGCUCUGCGUUGAGCUCCCGCACCACCACACCCUCCUUUACGCUCUCGCCUGCCAAGUCUUCCCGCCCACCGCGUCCUCAGCGCGGGCAGCAGGAGAUCAAAGUGUACCACUUGUCACGCUCAACGGGCGAAGCGCCUAUCAAGCUCUUCAUCCGCUGCGUCGGACAAGACGGUGAGCGUGUCAUGGUCCGUGUUGGUGGUGGCUGGGCCGAUCUCAGUGAAUAUCUCAAGGACUACGCGAGCCACCAUGGCCGGCGCUCUAGUAAGCCAGAGGAUACUGCAGUUGAGGUGCGUGAUCUGCCACAGGCUGGUCGCGCCGUGAACAACAGCGCCGUACAAGGUUCUAGUCCUAACAGUCGCCCUGGCUCACGGCUUGGUGAUGUCUCGGUCGUUACCGUGGCGCCGAGCACACCGCUCAAAGUCCGCAAGACACGCCGUAGCGUGGGUGCCGCCGGCAGCGAAGCGCCCCGUUUCCGCCCCAAGACCCCCGCCGCCGCGCUACAUUACUCAUCUGUUGAGAACACCCCCGGCUCAGAUGCUGGCGGUGGCUCUGCGAGAUCGCGCCCCGGCUCUCGCAUGAGCUGGGUCGAGGAUGACAGCUCGUUCUUGGGCCUCGCCGGUCCGUCGGGAAAGAAGGUCGAGAUGAGCGACGAGAACAAGGCAUGGGUAGAGAGCGUUAAGGAAAAGGUACGUCUCGCUAGCGGCGAGCGCAAAAUACCACCUCUGGGCAACCCGCCGGGGCCGCCGCUGUCGAGCGUGGCGGUGAAUGCGGCCUCUGGUGUUGCCCCGGAGCGCUCUGCGCGGGGUUCGACGCCCGUCGAAGACAAGAAGCGUUUUGGGGAGCUGGGCAAAGUGGGAGGCACGACGAGGCUGUUUAGAAAGGCGGUAGCUGAUGGGCGACGAUCCGGUGCGCAGUGA